ACAUUGCCAAAUGAGAUAGCCGUACUGUCACCAUCAUUUACCGGACUGGAGGUUUCAGGGCAAUACGAGACAUCUUCAGGAACAGCGACAGCAGCAGCAUUAAGUGCUAUAUCGCCGUCAUUUUCUGAACUAAACACUUCCGAACAACACAUCACAUCUUCAAACACAUUGCCAAAUGAGAUAGCCGGACUGUCACCAUCAUUUACCGGACUGGAGGUUUCAGGGCAAUACGAGACAUCUUCAGGAACAGCGACAGCAGCAGCAUUAAGUGCUAUAUCGCCGUCAUUUUCUGAACCAAACACUUCCGAACAACACAUCACAUCUUCAAACACAUUGCCAAAUGAGAUAGCUGGACUGUCACCAACAUUUACCGGACUAAAGGUUUCAGGGCAAUACGAGACAUCUUCAGAAACAGUGACAGCAGCAGCAUUAAGUGCUAUAUCGCCGUCUUUUUCUGAACUAAACACUUCCGAACAACAUAUCACAUCUUCAAACAUUUCGCCAAAUGAGGUAGCCGGACUGUCACCAACAUUUACCGGACUAAAGGUUUCAGGGCAAUACGAGACAUCUUCAGAAAAAGUGACAGCAUCAGCAUUAAAUGUUAUAUUGCCGUCAUUUUCUGAACCAAACACUUCCGAACAACACAUCACAUCUUCAAACACAUUGCCAAAUGAGAUAGCUGGACUGUCACCAACAUUUACUGGACUAGAGGUUUCAGGGCAAUACGAGACCGAGACAUCUUCAGAAACAGUGACAGCAGCAGCAUUAAGUGCUAUAUCGCCGUCAUUUUCUGAACUUAACACUUCCGAUCAACACAUCACAUCUUCAAACACAUUGGCAUCGGAGAUAGGCGUAAUCUCACGAUUAUUUACACGACUAGAGAUUUCAAAACAACACGAGAAUUCCUCAGAAACAGAAUUAAGCGCGAUACCACCGUCAUUUACUGAACAGCUUAAAACUUCCGAACAACACAUAGCAUCUUCAAACACAUUGCCAACAGAGAGAAUAGUGCUCUCACCAACAUUUACUGGACUAGAGAGUUCAGAACAAGAGAAGACAUAUCCAGAAGUAUUGAUAAAAGAUAUUAGCGAGUUGUCGCCAUCAUUUUUUGGACUUAAUGCUUCAAAGCAAAGCCAGCAUGCAACAAUUUCGGACACAAUGGCAGCAGAAAAAAGUGAACUUUCAUUUACUCGAUCAAAUCUUUUAGUACAAUACAUGACAUCUACAUCUACAGAACUACUGACAACAGCAGUAAGCAAGCUCUCGCUACCAGUAACCGGACAAGAUAUUUCAAAACACCAUAAAACAUCUUCAGAGGAAUUGACAACAGAAAUAAUUGACCUCUGGCCAGCACAUACUGGGCUGAAGGUUUCAGAACAACGAAAAUAUAAAACAUCUUCAAAACCAGAUAAAAAUGAGUUAUCGCUAUCAUUCACCAAUUUUCAGAUCUUAAAUCAAAGUCAACGUAAAACAUCUUCAGAAAUAUUGACAGAGAAAAGCGAGCUAUUUUCGUCAUUUUCCGAAUUAAAGAUUUCAGGACAAAACAAUUCACCUUCAAACACAAUGACAGCAAAGAUAAGAGACCACUCGCCAGUAUUUGCCGGAUUUGAUGAUUCAGAACGACACAAAAUACAUUCAAGCACAUUGAUAACAGAAAUAAACGAGCAUAUGCCAACAUUUACCGGACUAAAAAUUUUAGAACAGCACAAGGCAUCUUCAAGAACAGUGACUUCAGAAAGAAAUGAGAUCUUGCCAUCAUUAACCAGAUUAAAGAUUUCAGAACAAAAACAAAAUGGAACAUCUUUAGAAACAUUCACAGCAGAUGUAAGUGAGCUACCGUCGACAGAAAUAUUGGAAUUGUUAUCAUCAUAUUCAGAUAUUUUGUCAUCGGUGAUGACUUCAAAAUUUGUAUCACAAACAACACCGCCAUCAGCUGAUCUGAGUUUAAAUUCAAUUAGUCCGUCCAAAACGUCAGUAGAAACUUUUUCAGGAAAUAUACCUCAAAUUUCAUCUAGCAUAAUUACAUCAGUAAAUGGUUCUUUGAUAUCAGAUAUACGCCAAAAUUCUUCAUUUUAUGAACUGCUUGCCUCUGAGUCAUCAGUUCUUUCAAAUACAUUAUCUUCGCUGACCAAAAUGCUAGAAGUUCCUUAUACAGAGACACUGAUUUCAUCACCAUCAUCUUUACCAUCAUAUCCGAAAAACCAAGUACCGAUUACUGAGACAAUAAAUAUUUCACAACUCUUUAAAGGGACAUUAUCUGUAUAUCAUACAUCAUCUGAUGUUUUGUCUACACUAAAGCCGAACCUCAAUACUACUGAAACAUAUCCGUACUUGAUAUUGUUCUCUGAUGAAAUAACUUCAAAGACACACAAAAUACCGUUGCCUAGUGAAACAAAUUUAAUAGAAUCAGUUUCACAUAACUCAUCUUUUACUGGCACGCUUAAAUCAGCAAAUUGUAAUUUGAUAGCAUCGUCUGUCAAGAUGAAGUCUACAAGUACUACCUCAAUACAACCAACAGUUACAGAGACUCUUGAAAAAUUACCGGAGAAGUUGUUUACAAAUACAUUAUCGUUGAAGACAUCAUUGUUAACUUCUUUGGAGACAUUAUUCAUAAAAGAAAUAUCAUCAUCUCCGUCAUUAACGGAAGUGUCUACUUUUGCGACAUACGAGUCAACAUUAAGUGAAGCCGCAAACAUAGGAACAAAAUCAUUACAGCCGUCAUUGAACCGACUAUUUUCUACAGAAAAAUUUAACAAAUCACCACUACAGGAGUCACAUUUUUCUGCUGGAACAAAACAGUUGUCGUCAGUGAAAGAAACAAAAGAUAAUUCACUAAUACCUUCAUAUAUAAGAAUAUCAUCUGCGUUAACGUCAUUCAACGAAAUGUCAAGAACUGAUAUCGCAGUAUCGCAGUUGUCGUUACAUACUGAAAAUGUGUUGAUAGACAUUACACCACUUUCUUCAUCUAGUAAAGAUGUUCAUAUUUCAGAGACACUUACUUUGUCAACAUUAUUAACUGGAACAUUAUCCACUUACAUGACAAUGGUAACACACUUACCAUUACCCAUCGAGGCAUCCAUGGCAGAAAUAGUAUCUUAUUUAGAAAUAAUAGAUGUGUCAUCAAUUUCUAACAACAUAUCUUCUACAAUUACUCCAUCGUUAGCAUCAUCAUAUGCACAACUGAUAGAUUUAGAAACAUCACUGGCACAUUCACUUUCAACAGAUAUUUUUAUCAACAAAAGUACAAUCCAGUCAUCAUCGACAUUGAAAAAUCUGACCUCGGGUAAUUCAAGUAAACCAUUACUUUCUUUGGUUAGAACCUUUGAGGAACUACAUGUAUGCCCAUCGUCUACAGAAGAACUGAUGUUUGAUUCAUCAAGAUCUUUCUCUGAAUCAAGUCUUCUUAGGUUUUCGCAAUUAUCUGCUACGUGGCUGUCACCAGAAAUGCAUUCAUCGUCAUACAAUACCGAUACAUUAACUUCCAAGAAGCCGCAUGAGUCUCCAUCCUUAUCACAAUCACUGCAGGAUGUAUCGUCGCCAUUGCCUCCUAUAUCAACCCGAGCUUUAAAGACACUAAACAUACCAUCAUUACAAUCUGAUAUUUUAUCCUCAUUAUCUACAGAAACAUUACAUUUGCAGUCGCCUUUCAACCAAGCUUCAGAUUUGGAGGAAAUAAAUGGGCCAGUUUCCUCACUACCAUCUGCGACAUCGACCGCCCACACAGAAACAGCAUAUCGAAAAUCGUCAUGGACUGACAUAUUAAGUUCAGAGGCGAUGCAAAGACGAUUGACUACAACUGUGUCGAAGUCACAUACCGGAACAGUUUUACCAUCUACUGCCGCCUACUUAACAAAAUUUUCUACCUCCAUUGAUAUUCACCCAACGCCGACCCUUAAAACAUCGUCCAUCGCGCCAUCCAGUACGGAGGUAUUCAAAAUUUCAACAGACAGAAUUAAGGUCGAGACACUGACAUCUAACUUGUUCCCGAGGUUAGAGCCAUCAAGCAAGUAUUCUAUAUCUCCUGAUAUAAUGACAUCUACAGAGAUAUCUACACUAAACUUAGAUAAAAUGGCCAUAAAGAAGAUGUCCAUAGAUGCUGAAAGUGUUCAAUUAUCGUCAAUAUUAAUGUCAGUUCACGCCGCAAGAUCAUUUACUGAUCCAUUAGCAUCUAGUGUGACGACAGCAACAACAACAAAUGUGUAUUUUAUCGAGAUUGAAACAUCAGAAUUGUCUACACAUGCUAAAACAUUAUCUUCAUUAUCUACAUCAUGCAGCUCACCUAUAUCUAGUUCUACAGAUGAAAUAUAUGCUUUCUUUUCGUCUAAAGAAAGCUUGUCGAAAAGUAAAAUGCAUUUGUUUGGAACACUGUCAAUUUUACGGUCUUCAUUUAUAUCAACGACGGAUACAACUCCACUCUCUUUGCCAACAAGAUAUAUAUUUUCUUUUGAUUCGUCCGCUGCAAAACAGUCAUCAGGUACGGCAUCAGCACCUUCCUUAACAACUAUAGACGGACCUCUGUUUACAAACUUGUCACCAACGAUGUCAGACACAGGGACUAUGUUGCUAACACCAGCAUCAGCUAUACCAGUACCUACAUUACUAAUGUCUACUGCACUUUCAACACCGGUCUUUGAUGAUUCACCCUUUCUUUCAUCAUCAGAUCAUUUACAACGAACUUUAUCUCCAUUCCUUUUUCCUUCAAGAGAAAUUAAAGACAAGUUUUCAUAUAAUGUAUCAUUAUUGCAAGAUGCAAUAACUCCAACCUCUUCCAAACCUGUCCUAGCACAGGUUUCUUCAUUUACUACACUGAAUGAGUUACCACCGCAAAUGACAUCAUUUACAGAGGAAAAGAAAUCGUUUGCAUCUACCAUGAAAGCUCAAUCGUUAUCUAUGGUUAUAACAGAAAUUCCAAGUAAAAUGUCAGCCAAAUCAACAACUUCGUUAUCAUUGUCUUCAUCUAAACAAACAAAACCAUCAGAAGCAGUGGAAACUGAGACUUUAGUCACCGUAACAAUACCAGUUUCUGCUAAUAUCGGCAUUGUACCAGCAGUGUCAAUGACAACAUUCUUAUCACAAAAGAAGGGAUCCACAAUGUUUGGUUCAAUACCUCCAGCUUCCUCCUAUUCAGAGAAGGAGACAAGUUCAGCAACUUCUUUACUUAAAAUAUCAUUGUCGCCUUUAGCUCCUUUGUCUACGACUGACUCUUCAUCUUCAGUUCUAUCUAACUUGACAUUGUCAUCGGUUCAAUCAUCUACAGUAAAUACUUCUGCAGAGAUAUCAACACGAAUAUUGUUUCCAUCCAUGGACGAUAUGUCAUCUUCGUCUCCAGCUUCAUUGAUGAAAACAGCCACGCUAGAAAGACACGUGUCCUCUCUCACUGAGCGGUGGCAAAUAUCUUCUUCGGUUGAAGGGGGAAUAAUUACUAAACGCCGAUUGUCCACAAAGGGCACAACUUUACCUUCAAGUAAAGUAGUAGCAUUACCUCCACCUGCCUUUGAAACAACUCUGUUGCCCUCAUUUCGAAGUCAGCAAUAUUUCAAGACGCAUACAGUAGAAACAGUGUCUGCAUAUGUAACAGAAAAUCUCCAGUCUGAAAGUGUAACAUCGUUUUCUUCAAUGGUCAGUAAAAGCAGUAUGAAAAGUCGUUUACCACCAGUGUCAACACAUAAACAUACGGCUUCAACACUGUCUGUUACGUUAUCAUCUAUACCAUCCUCCACUUUAACUUCCUCAGGUACGACAUCCCCACCAAAGAUUGGCCCAGAAUCGCUUCUGACCAUCGGCAUCAUUGUAAAACGUACAGUUGACAUUAAAAGCAACGCAAUUAAUGUGAGAAUUAAAGAAGGUCUAAAACGAUGUUAUAACGAGGGUGUCGCAAAAGCUGCCGAGUCCAGUUACAGAAAGAAACGGGCUGACUCUAAUGUAACAGCGGAGGUCAUGAGCAUUAAAAGGAAAGAUACUUCACCCACACAUGUAGAUGUUGAUUUUUAUGUACUUGUGGAUGGAAUUAUUCAACCAUCGACUAAAGUUCUAGCCAUCUUUUCUAGACUAACUGUAGCAGAAACCAGUGCUUACCUAUCGUAUCCGAUGAUAACGCCAGUGAAACUUGUUUCUAAUCCUACAGUAAAGCAGAAACCGGCGGAUGGAGAUGAGUCACAAAUCUCUGUCUCAACGUUGUUUUUCAUUGGGACUCCGCCUGUAUGUGCUGUCGUAGCAACGGUCAUCCUUAUUAUACUCUAUUGCAGAAAGACAGAUCGAACUCUUGAAAAGGUUGGAUCGAAUUUAGAAGAUGCUGAUCUCAAAAUUGACAUAGAGAAAGGUGAAGUGGUGUCUGCGUCUGCCAACAGGAAUAUAAACUUACCUCAGUUCACUUUUGAUCACGGGAAAGGAGACUUGAAUUCUGUUUGGAAACAUAUGACACCAACUUUGCAUAAAAGUCACGAAUUUCAUAUCAGUGAAAUUCCUUUUAAAAGGUCAGUGUCAGAAAAUUGCUCUGCCACACGACGCCUUGAAAGGUUACGUAAACUUGGUUUUCAUGUCUCUGAAAUCAGAAAGUCUGAAAAGCAAACUAAAGAAACAUUUACUGAUGCACAUGUGAUUCCUCGAUCAGAUCAUGAAGAUAAUUCGGAUACAUAUAACGAAUUUAGUGUAAUGAAUAACUUAGAUAAACCAACAAACCAAAGUCAUGUCUUCUGUCAAGCAGAACUGAAAAGCGAACCAAGAGCAAAUAGUAAUACUAAAGAAACGCGAAAUAAAUCCAGUGCUUAUCAUAACGAUGUGUUACAUGAUGUAAAUAUGUUGGUAGCAAAAAAUAGAGACAAUAGGCCGAGUCCGUUGCGUUUUGAUGCGAAUAUAAAACCAGCACAUCAGUCUCUUUCAAAUAUUAGCAAAAUAAUAGAUAGUUUAGCAUAUCAUUCAAGUCAUUCAGAUAAAGAAAGUGGUCAAAAUGUUGAAUCAAAUCGUUCGGUAAGGUUUAAAGACGGCUGUCCACAUAGAAGAAAAAAGAAACUAAAACGACGUAAGAAAGAGAAACAUUAUUAUUGUGCCAGCUCGAAAUCAAGAGAGCUGAAAAAUAAUUUGAACGAAUCAAUACGAAAUGAAACACAGCUUUUUAGACCAAGAGUACCAAGUAUACCGGUGGAAGGGUACUGUAAUAAAAUUAUGUAUGAACCUUUCUAUUUUUCAUUAACCCUUAGUAAAAAUCCUGAACCUGUUAACAAUUUCAUUGAGGGAGACCUAGAAGACGAAGUCUUUUUGACUAACAAUAUUCCACUUCCAGAUCUCAGCGAAAAGCACAAUCAUGCAUCUGAAUCGAAUACCAUUUCAGCCUUUCAGGAAAAAAAUCCUAAUUUUGCUGCCAAAGAAACUAAACAAAAACAUAUCAAACAAAAGACAAAAUAUAAAUAUUCUGGAAAUAAGAAAAGUAUCAACUCCAGACAUAAAUGUGAUAUAAUUAGAACAUGUGAUGUAAACAGUGUCGGCUCUGUUGGAGUCCAAAAUUAUAACCUGGAUCACUUUCAACAACAAACUAGUUCCGACGUUCGAAAAUCUUUGCUUCGGAAUUAUCUCAGACACUGGUCAGACGAUCCGUUUUACUUGAAAACAUGCUGUGAUAAUUUUACUGACGGAAGUGAGUACGCUGGACACGAGUUUGAGUCUCUGAACUUCAACAGAGAGUACACCGGCACAGAGAGAGAUCAACCUAGUGGUGGCCUACAUCUUUCUGAAGACACAUCACAAGACAGCAAUAUGGCUGAAGGGGUUGUUGGACCAUUUCCUGGAGUGUAUGAGCAUGUAACCAAGAUGGGUAGAGUCGGCAAGGGUCACCAAGAUUCAUCCUCGGGAAAAAAUAAUGGUCCUCAGUUCCGUAAAUUACCAUUCCAAGAUCAGACCAUUGUCAUUCCAGCACCAAAGAGAUCAACGCCAGUGCCUUCAAUAUCCCCAAGGGAAAGUGACAAAGUUAUCAUGAGAGAUGAACUAGUUGAUGACAGCUUUCGGGACGUACCGGACCUGAAUAUAAGCAUUGCACCAGAAAGACCGAAAUCCAAACCUGCCCCAUAUGUUGAGAUGAAGCUGGGUCGUAACAUGCGGGCUGCGCCCAAAGGCACUAUAGCCUCUAGAAUCCCUGCUUCAGAUGUUAACCCACAGCUAGAUGCUACCGAACCUUUGCUACAUAACCAUUCCUUGUCUUCUAACGAUAUUGCUGAAUACUAUGCUAACACUCACUCAGCCCUGCGCCCACAGACACAGGGGUCAGGCAUUGCCUCAAGACAGUACCCAGCUCGCUCGAUUACAAGUCCGCAGCAUCCCUCUCAGGAUCUUAUAGAAACAUUAAACAGGAAUAAUCUUACAAGUCUAACUCAAGAAACUCGUCUUGUCGAAGAUGAGCAGAGAAAGGCAGCAGAACGUCAAGAACAACUUGAAGAUGAGAGAAAGCAAAGAGAAGAAGAAGAAACUAAAGUAAAAUUUGUACAGGAAAGACAAGCUCAACAAGAUCGUGAAACAAAAGAUCUGUUGCUGAAUGACUCUUUUGCAUUAACAAGUCAGCCUGCAAUUGUUACAACAGCAGCCGAUAUCACUUCUCCGCCACUUCCGGUAGAUCUUUACGGUUCAUACAGAAUGAAAGAAAACUAUUUUGUUGAACCAAAAUCGUCAGAACAAGUUUCCACCCAGCCAUUUACACCACAGAAUUCAACAGUUUUCAGUCAGAAUGGAGAAACUACAGAAACCACUACAAGUCUCAGGGGAACUAACUCUGGGUUUACAGUGCCAAAAUCUGUCUCUGUAGAGAAACAAGAAACUGUUGAUGAUGUAGAGGAUAUUGAGGAGGACAUACAUGUUGAAGGCAAUGACAGUGAUGAUGGUAAAAUCAGUGAUGAAGACUUCAACUUUUAAGGUCCUUUCAUAUGAAGAAAAACAAGAAUAAAGUGAAACUAUUUAUGUGCAUUCAAAUAAACAUGGUAUACAAUAGUUCUGGAAUUCAUUGUAACAGUGAGAUUUAUUGGGGUAAUGUUUCAUAAAUGGGUAAAAUCAGAUAUGAUGCAAAAUGUGUUGAAUCUUAAGAAAUUGAUGAUAAGAAAUCUGGUUUAGCUCACUUGAAAUCAACUUUGUUUAAGAUUUUGCCAAAUUGUUGUGUUAAAUAAAAGAGUUGAAGUCUAACUUUACUUUGAAGAUUAACCAACAAAAUAGCAAUAAUUUUUGAGAACAGAUUAUCAUAAAGCUGAUUUUUACAGUUGAGAUGAAAGAAAAUUCAGAAGCAAUUCAUACAGUUAUCUGCAAAGACCAUCCUCGAAAAAUGAAAUACUGUGAAAUCAUUUAAUUUGGUUGGCCUGACAUUUUGUGGUUUUGUCAAAAACUGCAAUUUUGUUUGGACAUUAAUUUGUGGGUUGCAAUUUUUGAAGAGAAAAUGAAUGGGAAGUUGACUUGUGCAUUUUAGAUUUUAUUUUGGAGGUUUAUUCAGCAAUAAAAUCCAUAGAAAAUUAGCCCCCUACAACUAUAAAUGGUUUCACUGUUGCAGGUGGUGUUUUAUAUGACAGGAGGUAAAAUUGUACUAUUAGUUAAAAAUAGGAUUCCUAAAAGGUGUAAUUUCAGGACAGGUUAUAAUAGUUGUAGUUAUAAUUCAGAGAUGGUCCUUGGUACAGGUAUUACUCAAAACUUGCAUUUUGGUGUUAAAUGAUAUGCAUCUGGAAUCAGUGAAAUUUGACAUCAUCUAAUUUCUGAAAUCCAUAUAAAAAUGUUAAUUGUGUACAUACUUUAAGAAGCAUUGCAAUGUAUAACAAGCCUUUUGGCUGUGUCUAAGAAUGGAUACAAUAUAUGUAUGGAUUUUUUAGGACUAAUACAGACUAAUUUGUGUGAAAGUAGUGGUUCUGUGAUGACUAUUUCUGUCAAAUUAUGUAUUUGUCCUCAGUGACUUCAGCAGUUUUUGACAGUACAAGCACUUAAAUUUCCGUACAUGUCAGAAAUUGCCAAAUUGUUGAUUAUCAUUACAAGUCCACUGCCUUAAAAAAAGUACAUUUUUUUAACUUAACUUUUAAACAACAGCAACUCUGUAAGUGAGUGAUUUUGAAGAGUAUUAUUGCAGUAUCACAAAGGUUGAUAUUUCAGGAAUUUAUUGAUAUUAGUACAGCCAAAUUCCCAAUAUUUUAUGUCUCAUUUUACUACUAUACAUGUAAGAAAAAGUGGAGAGCUUUUCUUCAUAUUAUACAGAAAAGAUGAAGGUUUAGCAGUAUAUCACAAAACAACAGAUUUUUUAGUAAAUGAACAGCAUCUUGACAAACAACUUAUCUGUCCAGUACAUGUUUUACUGUUCUUUCCCACAGAGUUGGAUACUUAAAAUAUUAGUAUUGAGUUGUCCCCCUUUAAAUAAGAAUACCAUUUGUAAAGAAAUAAAUGUAAACAAUUGUCAAAACCGAUUUUUACCUGGUUGUGUAAAGUUUAAACACUCGCACGAUGUUGCAAAUGCAUCAAAACGAAGACAUGUAACAGCUUUCAUAAAAUGGUGAGUUUUUAAAACCACUGGACUGUCCAGAAGUGUGGCCCCUUCAUGCAGCCCCUUUCCAGAAUUCAAUACAUAUAUAAGUAAAUUGACAAUGGUUUUGUAGAGUAAUAUUAAUGUUUUAUACGCUGUUAAAUUUUCAUGUAAAACAAUGUAUUCUUUCUAUGAUUUGAUGACGUUCGAACUUUUUUCUUCGAAGUAUGGACCUAUACCUGAAUGUUUUUUUUUCAUAAAUACUGACUGCCAAGAACUCAACAGAUCACUAUGGUUACACUUCUUAAAUGCUAAAAUUAGAAAUAACUUUCUCAUUUUGGACACACCAACAUACUGUAAAAUCAUUUAAUUUCUUUGGUACAAAAUUUCAUGGUUUGUGCUAAAAUGACUUUUUUGAUUGACAUGUAUUUGUGGAUUUCAAUUUUUGAACAUAAGAUGUGUGGGAAUUUUACUGGUUUGAAUUUAAUUUCAUGUGUUGAUCCAACUACAUAAUUCAUGAAAAUUAGUCCCUCGUGAAUAUUAAUGAUUUCCCAGUAAAUCUGAGGGCAAAUCUGUUUAAAAGAAUGGAAAUCUUACUUAGUUGUGGAAAUUGAGAUCUGUUUAAAAGAAUGGAAAGAUAAUCUUACUUAGGUGUGGAAAUUGAGGUCUGUUUAAAAGAAUGGAAAGAUAUGAUCUUACUUAGUUGUGGAAAUUGAGGCUCCAGUAUUUGUUUUUUUCUUGAAAAUUUGUAAGUGUAACUUAUGGCCAGACUUAGAUCCAGUAAAACUCUGAAUGCUCUAGGUCACAAUGGGAUGAGUGAAAUGCUCAAGUUAUCCGGGGUUUCAAGUGAUCCAAACAUGGUCAGGUAAAGCCUGUAAAAUUGAUGGGGACCAAAUAAAUUGCCGCAGCGAGGCAGAGUUCUUGAGCCUUAUGUGCUCGAAUGUAUAUCAGAAGCCGUAGAAUAGAAAUACAUGUAUCAUUAAAGACAUGAUUAUUUCAUCUCUUAUUUAUAUAGCUUUUUGCUGCACAGUUUUUGUAUUUUUCAAUUUGUAUUACAAUAUUUUAACUGUGAUAUUUUUAGAUUAUUUAUGCAUUGUUUUAGGUCUCGCUAUAAACAGCAUUUCAUUAUGUAUUGUGAUAAUUAUGUAGUUGUGCAUGUUUUGACAAAAAAGCUAGACCUUUUUAUACGCCUGAAGGGACGUAUUAUGUUAUGACGCUGGUGUCCGUCUGUCCGUCCGUCCAUCUGUCCGUUAGCAAUUUCGUGUCUGCUCUAUAACUCUUGAACCCCUUGAAGGAUUUCAAGAAAACUUGACACAAAUGUUCACCACACCAAGACCACGUGCAGAGCGCAUGUUUUGGAUGUCUUGCUUCAAGUUCAAGGUCACACUUAGGAGUCAAAGGUCAUAUCAGUUUGUUUCGUGUCUGCUCUGUAACUCUUGAACCCCUUGAAGGAUUUCAAAGAAACUUGACACAAAUGUUCACCACACCAGGACAACGUGCAGAGCGCAUGUUCCGGACGACUCACUUCAAGGUCAAGGUCACACUUAGGGGUCAAAAGUCAUAUCAGUUUGUUUCGUGUCCGCUCUGUAACUCUUGAACUGCUGGAAGGAUUUCAAAGAAACUUGGCAGAACUGUUCACCACACCAAGACAACGUGCAAAGUGCAUGUUCCGAUGACUUGCUUCAAGUUCAAGGUCACACUUAAGGGUCAAAGGUCAUAUAUGACUUUGCUUUGUGUAUAAUGCUCUGCAUUGCAGUGCUCUUGUUUUUAUUUGGCAGAUCUCUUUUUUGUUCACUUACAAUAAAAAAAAUUUUUUGAAUUACUUCCCUUUUAUGUUACUAUAAAUAGCUUAUUUUGAAACUUUUUUAUUAUUUGCCGUAGGGAAAAACCGAGACCACUUUUCUGUGGUACAACUUGGAUGGUACCUCUAAUUUUUAGGUGUAUUUUUACAUACCUGUGCCUGAUAAGGAUUUUUUUUGUGGACUUUGAAUAUUUUUUGUGGACUUAGAUUUGUUUUUUGAAGUUUUCCUUUUGUUGUUCCACUCCUUUGGGCUACAACAGUCAAGUUCUUUAAAUUUUGCUCCCAUCCUAUGAUGUAAUCCUUUGGGUGUAUAUUGCCCCGCUUGGCGGAGCUCUUGUUUAUCUUUUAGUUUUACAAUUUUAUCUUUUGUUUUUUAUGGGGAUUUGAAAAUGCAUUUCGUAAUGAAAUUUUUAAUUGAUUGCUGUUAUUUUUUCGUAUUUUCAUUUGCAUCUAUUUGUCUUCUCUGAAGGAUCUUUAAAUUACUUUAAUAACAAAAGCAUAAGAAAUUGGUGGGGGUUGGGAGGGAAAUAAAGUGCAACAGAAUUGCCAGAGUUUGUUGUUCAAGGUUAGAGGCACUGACCUCCAGAUCAUGUGACAACACAAAAAAGAAAAUUUUUAGAAUCAGAAAAUUCUUGCUUUAUUACUCAAGAAGGACUUAGUGACUGACAGAUUAUAUGUUAUUGAAAAAUUAGACUUCUCGUUAACAAAAGAUAACAAAAACUUUGGUAUAAUAGAUAGGAUAGCUUUUGAUAUCAGAUAGUUAUAAACUUUUGUCUCUUGUGGAAGAAUUAUUAUGUAUAAUAAAAGGUAGCAAAACUA